AUGAAGGUCUUCCAGCUCCUGCUUCUCGCCGUGGCAGUCACCAGCGCCAACGCUCGCGGCUCGUCCUCCGGUUCAGGAUCAGUUUCCGCCGGUGACUCGUUCCUCCCCCAUGACGCGCCCUCCAGCAACGCCGAUAGCACUCCGUCCGCCACUCUCUCGGCGGAGGUGCUCUCCGUCUCCCCUUCGUCCAACUCCAGCGCUCCAGAGCCUCUCUCCAGCUCCGGCAGCUCAGCCCCAGCCACGACCGAAGUGUCCUCCUCGUCCACCGACGCGUCCAUCAGCGUGUCAUUGGACACUUCGAUCAGCUCGAGUGGGUCCUCCAAGUCGCUCAUCAGCUCUGCCAGCACCUCCGCAUCAGCUUCUAACACCAGCUCCUCCUCUGUUGACCAUUACGAGUCCACCUCGAGUCCACCGACGUCCUCCGAAGUGUCCAGCUCGUCAAACAGCAACAAUGGGUCCACUUCCAGCUCGGGUUCCAACUCGGCGACUGCACUCGUCACCAACGUGGCCCUAGUUGUCGCCGCUCUCGUGACUGUCGGCGUCUCCCUCCUGUAGACACAAUGCAUGUCGAUGCAUGAAAUAAAUGUCCACUUUUGUCCACC